GGGCUGAAAGGCAACAUGGGAUCAAUCGACCACAAGGGCAACGUAGUCAAUUUCCACAAGGCCACGCAGGAGUGCGUGGUCACCGAUAAGCCGUUGAUACCCGGACAGCAACCCAACGCUCUGUUUGACGAGUACGUCACAUGGCUUGCGGCCAUUGAGGAGAAACUGUUGGAGCAUGUCAUCGACAACCGAAACAUAUACAAGAAACUCGCAGGAGAUAUCACAGAGCCAAACCGACAGAAGGCCAUUGAGUUACUGCGAACGCGUUUCAAGUCUCCGCUACAUGAACAGGGAGGCAACCAAAAAGUAUCCUUUAAGGCGAAACUAUACCAAAAGAGAUAUAAACAGAAGGCCGAGCGCAAAGAGUUUGCAUGCGCACUCGAUGAAGAGCUGGCAGCGUCACACAACGUACAACGUACAGACAUUCCGGUGUUUGAGGCGAAUGGACAGCUGGUGCCGUUGGAAGAGCGCGUGCUGCGCCCAGAUGAUGUUGUGUCUCUACAGAGCAGGCUAUUCGUGCUGGACGACAGCACCGCAGUGAAGAAGUCGUUUACGCUUACGCGUCAUUUGGGGAGCGUGGUUAUCCUGCGCAAGGGGCUGCACGACUACACAAAGCUGCUGGAGAUGCAGAGGUGGCGUAAGGUGUCCGCUCUCAGAACGGGCGUGAAUAAAUGGUAGUGUGAGCACGAG